AUGCAGCAGACCAGUCGAAAUGGGGAGAGACAGCCUAUGCAAAAGAGAACACAGAGGACUCCUCAUAGCAUCAAGUUCCGGAGGGACUACCGAGCUGAUCUGCCACUGAUUAUUUCCCGGUUCACAGGUUAUCGACCGCCAAACGCUGAGCCUCCAUAUGAGCCUUUGCCAUUUCCGCCAUUCUCAUGGUUGGAGAAAAUCCCACUCCGGCUUGAAGUCUGGGUUUUUGGUUGGAUUGGCGCUUUCGGCGGCAUCCUUCUCAUCGAGGCAAUCAUGUCAACCAGCACCGCUUUUCGCGACAUCUAUCACACACCUACUAUCAUUACGUCAUUUGGUGCGUCCGCCGUUCUGCUUUUCGGGGUCAUCGAGUCUCCAGUAGCGCAACCACGAAAUUUUGUCUUGGGUCACUUCAUCUCGGCUCUGGUAGGAACCGCAAUUACCAGGUUGUGGGUCUUGAACGCGAGUUAUCAGGGAUACCUGGAGAACACCCAUUUUCAUCCUUCGACUUUUAUCAACGGAGGACUGUCCAUGGCAACUUCACUCCUCGCCAUGCUGAUCACGGGAACGGCUCAUCCUCCCGCCGGUGCUACGGGUCUCAAUGCGGCGGUUCAAUCGGACGUGGUAACGUUAUCGUGGCGAUACUUGCCCACUGUUCUUGCCUCAUCCCUCAUUAUGCUCGGAUGGGCUGUAAUCAUCAAUAAUGUCGGGCGUCGUCGUUAUCCGCUUCAUUGGUGGGCCCCUGGUGCAACAUUCGUUCAUGCCGAAGAAGAUUCAGCGCUGGAAAAGGCGGAAGAAGGAGAGAUUGAACGUGAAGAGAUGGAGGAGGGUGAACUCGAGCGAGAAAGUACUGCUGCAAGUGAAGGGCUGCCUCGGGAUGGUGAAAAGCAUGGAGAGAUCAUGCUCCGGCCUUCCUCGAGAAGGAUGAGGCGUGCAAGCAUUGAGGCAGAGCCAGCGUCUUUGGAAAGUGCGGUGGAUGCAAGUCCGGGAGAGUUUUCGAACCGUCGGCUGAGUUCCAGUCGGGAGCGGUAUCGGUUGGGCUAG